GCAGAAUGUGCGUCCAGCGGUCUUGCGCUUGCCCGUUGCUCCUCCUCGUUGCCUUUCCGCCUGACAUUUGCAUGUGCUGGAGCCCGCCGCGUCCGUGGUGCCGGCUUGUUCCUCCAUCGGCCCAUACCCCCGCCAUCGCCCGCUCGUCCCCGCUGAUCCGCCCGACUGUCAAUCGUCUUGCCGAUUCCCCAUCGUCCACUCGGCCUGAUGCUUUUCAAACCUGUCCAUCCGGCCACCACCCGGCUUGUCCUCGCCCUCCGUCCAGGAUCACGCACCUCGGCUCUCGCGGCUCGCCCAGCAUCGCUCGUCCAGCGAUCCCUUGCCUCUCGGACCUCCACCAUGGCUUCCUCGCAGCUGCCCACCGAUGUCGUCCCCGCGAUGGACUCGAGUCGCCCUCUCUAUCGCCACCAGCCGUCGAUGCCCUCGCUGCCGGUUCCUCCGCUCAGAGACACUCUCAAGAAAUAUCUGGCAAGCGUCCAGCCCCUGACCACUCCUGCUCAGCUGCGCCAGACGACCGAGCACGCCGCCCAGCUGGAGUCUGGGGCAGGUCCGCUCCUGCAAGAGCGACUGGAGAAGCGAGCGAAGCAAGCCACAACCUCAUGGCUCUAUGACUGGUGGAACGACCUGGCCUACAUGUCCUAUCGUGAUCCUGUCGUCUUCUACGUGUCCUACUUUUACGUCUUCAAGGACCCAAAGCCCAUCGCCGGCGCCCUCGAUCCGGCCCAGCGAGCCGCCACCCUCAUCACUGCAGCACUCGAGUUCAAGCGGCUCGUCGUGUCAGCUGUCCCCGACAAGGGCAAGGACGGCCCGCUGUCGUCCGACCAGUACGGCUACAUGUUCAAUACUUGCCGCAUCCCCCAGAUUCCCGCCGACAAAACUGCCGUCUACGAUCCUGCUCGUCACCACCACAUCGUCGUCAUCAGGAAGAACAAGUUUUUCCUCCUCGAUACCGUUCACGCCGAUGGCCACCAGCUGUCGACGCACGAGUUGCAAAAGCAACUGAGCAAGAUCGUGGAUCUGGCCGGAUCGGGCAAAGACGAGCCGCUGGGUCUCUUCACGACCCAGCACCGAGAUACCUGGUCAAAGAUCCGCGACGAGCUCCUCAAGUCCCCCUCCAACAGAGCUGCUCUGGAGAAGAUUGAAUCAGCGUCGCUGGUGGUCUGCCUCGAUGACACUUCGCCCAUCACGCGUGCCGAGGCUAGCCGUGCUUGCUGGCACGGCGAUGGCCAGAACCGAUUCUUCGACAAGCCCUUGCAGCUGAUUGUCUUUGAGAACGGCAAGGCUGGAUUUGCUGGCGAGCACUCCAUGAUGGACGGCACGCCGACUAACAGAAUGUGCGACUGGAUCCUCGAAAGGCUCAGCCGAAACGAGAUUGCCCACGGCUCUGAGUCUUCCACUGAUUCGUUGCGUGUCCCUGAGCAGCUGGCCUUUGAUUUCCAAUCGAUUCGACCCCAGUUUGCAGAGGCCCAGCGUCACUUUGACUCUCAUCGCGACAAGCACGACCUCCAUGUGCUCUACUACCCCGGCUACGGAAAGAACUUUAUCAAGAGCGCCAAGUUCUCGCCCGACGCUUACGUGCAGAUGGCCAUCCAGCUCGCCUACUACAAAAUGCAUGGCCAGUCCUGCGCCACAUACGAAUCCGCCCAGACCCGCAAGUUCAAGUAUGGCCGAACAGAGACCUGCCGAACAUGCUCCACGCUCACGGUGGACUUUGUCAAGAAAAUGUGUGCAGCGGAUGUGCCAGCAUCGGUGGUGCUUGGUAGCUUGCGAGCCGCAGUCGAUGGCCAUGUCAAGUACAUGGUUGAUGCCGUCGAAGCCAAGGGUGUGGAUCGCCAUUUGAUGGGUCUCAAGCUGUGUCUCGAGCCCGGCGAGCCUGUCCCUUCGUUCUUUGACGAUCCAGUGUACCAGCAAACUCGCCACUGGAAGCUUUCGACGUCACAGAUCACAUCCGAGUACUAUGACGGAUACGGCUGGGGCGAGGUCGUCCCAGACGGUUACGGCAUCGCCUACAUGAUCAAGGACAACAGUUUGCACUUCAACAUUGCCUGUUUGAACGAAAUGCGAGCCGAUCGCAUGAAGCACUAUCUUGAGGAGGCCCUCGACGAGAUGCGCGUGCUCACGGCACCAGCCCCUGUCAUCAAGGCUCGACUCUGAGGGCAGUGGAGGGAAUUAUCGUGUCUUGGGAAGGCUGCCUCUUUUUUUAUUAUUAUUUUGCGACGAUGGCUUCGAUUCAAUUCGAGUCCGAUGCAGCCGUCGCAACGACAGCAGGAGACGCUAUAGUAGCACUUGCUGCUGCCGCCGCCGCCGCUGCUGCUGCUGUAUUGAAAUCGUCAAUAAACUUUUCCAUUUGAUCCUCGA